AUGAGGAAUCACGCAGAAAAACCCCUCCCGCCAGCCCCUGAAAACCACCUGGCUCUCCACCAAUCGGUCUUCAAGUCCAGAGGGAGGGAGGAAGUGUUUUUCUACUUACAUAAGAUUGUCCGAGAACGCCAGGGCAAGUGCCGGCACUGCGCGCGCCGCGGCGCCAAGACGACCCCCCGGGCGGGCGCUGGAAGACGCGAGCGCCUGGCGCACGCCGAGGGCCGCCCCCGGGCCUCGGGCAGAGCAGCUGGACGCCGCUGCGGCCCGGCCACCCGCGUGCCCCGAGAGCCCGACGCCCCGAAGAAGCCACCCUCGUCCUUUCUCCUCUUUUGCCGGGCGGAACGCGAUCGGGUUAGCUUCGAAAACCCCCUCCUGCCCAUGUGCAAGAUCGCCUGCAUCCUGGGGGAGAUGUGGAAGGACCUGGAUCCUAGGAAGAAGAACAACUAUUUCCAGCUGGCCGCGAGCCUCAGGAAAGAGCACCGCCUCGCCGUCGCCCAGUACCUGGCCCAGCAGAAGGCCCGCUCCUCUGCGGACAGCAGGAAGGAAGACGGGGCAGGGGGCACUGAGGAUGGUCAGCAGCGCACCCAAAGCUCUGACUGA